GUAUGAGUAUGACGUCAAUUGAUGAGAUCGGAGGGAAGGAGGUCGAAGGGGAGAUGCAUCCCCAUGCAUGCAUGGUGAAUGGAUAACUUAUAUUAAUUUCAUGGAUAGAGCUGAUUUCGGGUUGAACAUUUUUACCCACUAAAGCCUUCUUUAUAUUACAGUUUGGGCCUUUGGGACACUCAAUCACUAUUUCUCCAUUACUGGUAUAUCUUGAAAAAGACUAGCGUGACAUCCAAUCAUCUCAACAAAAUGGCGACGUAGUAGUAAGAUAGGAUACUGGAUACAGAAUGGAUAGUGAAUCGGGACUGUCGCAAAACCACGUUAAUCAGAUGAAUUCUGGAACUUCUUCUGUAAAUAACAUCAGCGGUAAACAACAAGAUGAUCAUCCAAGACCCAACUACACAAUACCAGGAAUUUUACAUUUUAUACAACAUGAAUGGGCUCGUUUCGAAAUGGAACGCGCUCAGUGGGAAGUGGAACGAGCUGAACUUCAGGCUCGCAUUGCUUUCCUACAGGGAGAAAGAAAAGGACAAGAAAAUCUUAAACAUGACCUAGUAAGGAGGAUAAAAAUGCUUGAAUUCGCAUUAAAACAAGAAAGAAUGAAGUACCAGAAAUUAAAGUCAGGUUCAGAUAAAGAUGAAUUAAAGGCCCCAACAUUUGAUGGAGAGGAAGGUGGCCAGGAAGAAUCGGCACUAUCACCAAAUUCAAUCAAUUUUAGACAAAGUCGGCAGCUUCUCAGGCAAUAUUUGCAAGAAAUUGGCUACACAGAUACAAUCCUUGAUAUCAGAUCAAAUAGAGUACGGUCUUUAUUAGGUCUUGCUCCAAAUGAAAGAACUGGUCCUGGUCUUGAGACCAAUGGUCAAAUAGAACCAAUUGUUAAUGGUGAGAGUCCAGCCAAGCAAGGAAGGCACAUUGAUCAGGGAACAGCUAAGAGGCAACAUGAAAAGCCUCGAAUCCACCAAGCCUUGCCAGAGAAUGUCCUGGACAAGGUCCUGUCUACCUUUGACUUCCUCUCCGAUACUCUGGACGAUGAUGGAGAGGUGGAAGGAGAUGGGGAAGAAGGCAUCGCUGCUGAUGAUGAAAGCGACAUCAGAGAAUCAAGGGGGAAAACCGGCACAGUUGUCAAGAAGAAAAAGCAGGUGAUUGGUAAUGAAGGCAUGGCCGGGAUGGGUGGAGAUGAUGAUGAUCCCGAUACAGAAGAGGCUCUAGCAGAGUUUGAUUUCUUGGUUGCUGAACAGACGGAAGGUGCAGGAGAGGCAAGGACAGUGGAGGGACCUGAAUGGACUAUAGGUGCUGGCAAGAAAGGUGUGGAUCUAUCACCAACGAGUGGGGAAUGGGGUGUAGAUCAAGGCAUGCUGAACAAAUUGAAAGAAGAAUAUAAGAAAUCAAGAAGGAAUAUAGGCAUUGACAGGCGGCCUAAUAAAGCAGCAUUGCAAGCUAUGUUAGCCAACCUGGAUGAUGUAAAUCCUCCACCUAGUAACACACAAAGCAGUUCAAGACCAAGAGCAGCUGACCUUGAUAUCGCAGAUGAAGCAGAUAUUGCAGCAGCACCUCGUCAAGGUAUUAUGGGAGCAGAUGAAGAAGCUAUGGAAACCCUCCGACUUGGAGAACUUGCAGGAUUGACUAUCACUAAUGAGGCUGAUGCUCUCAGUUAUGAUAUAUCAGCGAAUAAGGAGACCUUCCGAAAGACAUGGAAUCCUAAGUUUACGUUACGAAGCCAUUUCGAUGGUGUACGUGCUUUAGUGUUUCAUCCUGAAGAGCAAGUCCUCAUCACAGGAUCGGAGGAUAAUACUCUUAAAUUAUGGAAUUUACAGAAGACAGUCCCAGCCAAAAAAGCUGCUUCUCUAGAUGUGGAACCUAUUUAUACAUUCAGAGGACAUGUAGGGGCUGUUCUAAGUUUGGCGGUUAGUAGUAAUGGGGAACAGUGUUUCAGUGGUGGAAUGGAUUCCUCUAUCAGAUGUUGGAAUAUUCCUGGUUCAAAUAUUGAUCCAUAUGACUCAUAUGAUCCUUCAGUAAUGGCUGAUACCUAUGUAGGUCAUAGCAAUGCCGUAUGGGGUCUAUCAUACGACGGGACUAAAAACAGUUUGGUAUCGUGUUCGUCUGACGGUACUGUCAAGUUGUGGAGUCCGAGCAAGAAGUCGCCCCUUCUAACCACCAUCACAGCAGAUACAGCAUUUGGAUUGCCCACCUCAGUGGACUUUGUACGCUGUGACACGAGUCAGAUCACAGUGGGCUUUACAUCAGCUGAUGUCGCUGUGUUUGAUCUAGAGACUGCCAAGAAAGUCAUUACACUAGACAGCAGGUUACCCUCAGACAGCCCAACUAGUCAAGUAAACAGGGUAGCCAGUCAUCCAACUCUCCCAGUCACUAUCACUGCACAUGAAGACAGGCAUAUCAGAUUCUUUGAUAAUAAUAGUGGUAAAAUGGUUCACAGUAUGGUGGCCCAUCUGGAUGCAGUAACCUGCCUAGCUGUGGACCCUAAUGGACUCUACCUCUUGUCUGGAAGUCACGACUGCUCAAUCAGACUUUGGAACCUUGAUAGUAAAACAUGCGUCCAAGAAAUCACCUCCCAUCGCAAGAAGUUUGAUGAAUCGAUAUACGAUGUGGCCUUCCACCCCUCUAAGCCCUACAUCGCUAGCGGGGGAGCAGAUGCACUAGCCAAAGUGUUUGUCUGAUCUUUACUUUCCAGAGCACCCCAUCAAAUCGCAUGUUAACGUAUGAACGAGCCCCCCUCCUCCAUGCAACUCGUAUGACAGCUUUUAUGGCAAAGUGAAUGUGUAUCUCGCAGAGCGAGCAGCUUUCUAUGAUAUGAAGGUUUUGGCUAUGGUUUAUUGCACUUUUCAUACGAAGAGAGGAACAAAAUACUGUGUGCUCUCCUUGCAGUCGGAGUCAAGUUGAUGUGAUGACUGUCAUUGUGAAGUAACAUCAUUAGUUGCCGAGGAUCAUAUGGCUAAUGGAAACAAACUCUUAUUGUUGUCUCAAUAAGAUAAGUGUAUUUUCUUCUCCCCACCUUUUUAUCAUUCAUCAUCAGUGUGGCUAUUCCUGGAAAUGUCCACAUUGAAAAUCUAUUGGUGUAUUUAAAAAGUAGAACGGCUAUGGUGUAGAUAAACGGUUUAUUUAGGUUAGUAAAUUAUUGUUUCUUUUCAUAUUUUUCUUACCAUGAGCCAAACUUUUUUCUGCAUAUAAGUUGUGAAGAACCCUUGCGUUUGUUAUAUUUUCAUGCUAUUCAAUGCUAUUCAUGAAAGUCUUGCUCGUUUGUAUAUGAAUAAUUGAAUAACUGUGUGUAUGAAGUGUGUACUGUAGCUGUUCUGCCCACUGGUGGCCGUCUGUAAGUCAAGCAUGAAUUUACAGAGCUAGCAAAAGGCGAGGGAGUUAGUGAAUGUGAAUCGGAUGUUAAGUUCACAGAAUUUGACAAGAAUGAUAUGAGUAUAUUUUUCUUUUUUGAUGAGUUUGCUGCUCGUAGACAUUAAUUCUCAUGGACUGGCCAUGAUAGGUGGCUUCUGAAAUGUGUACAUUACUCUUCGAUUGUAAUUUAUUCUCACUACGCUAUUCCAUAUGUAUGUGUACAGAUUGAAUUAUCAGGAGAAAUUAUACUCCUGUUGUGAGUGCGUCCUCAAUAUUCUUUUAAAAUCCGGAAUGUUUUAAAAUGUUGCCUAGCAUAUUCAUCCAGAUUAUCCAUUUUUGUGAAUCACCAUUGAAUUAUGUUCAAGAGUUUAAUAAUCAAGAGUGUUCUUGUCACACUCUCUGUACCUGACUCUCUUAUAUGCUUCGUAUAAUGUCUUCGAUAGUGGAUGAAUGAGCGAGUGAAAUAUAUACAUGUAAAAGCAAUUAAGAUAUUUUGAUAGAUGUUGAAUUUUGAGUGGCAGGUUGGUAGGUUUUUUUUUAUUGUGAAACGUGUAUUAGCUCACAAUUGGAACAUCUGUAUUCCUUUUUGUAUAAAAUGCCUGAUUUGAAGAUUAUCUUCAUCCAAAAUAUACCCAUACCUAGUGAUUCUCUUUAGUUAUCAGAGACAUGCUCCCAAGUUUUUUUUUUAAGUUUCUUUUUUUUUAUCAUAAUAUGUAUUUGAAUAUAUCUGUUAAGAUUUUUAUCAUAUUAUUUAUCUUCAUUUGUAUCCAUAGUUAGUCUUGUGUUGUCAAUCUACCUUAUAACAUGUGUAUGCAUUUUUACUUUUAGUACUGUAAUCUCUGUGAUUUAAAGUUCAAAACAAUCUAUCUCUAAACCAUUAUCUAUAUUGAAGUUCUCCCAAAUAGAUUAUCACAAUGCUGAGGGCCAUGUAUUUGCAAUAUUAGAUGUAAAAAAUAUCACGCUUGAUGGUGCAAAAAUGAGAAAUUUCAUGUAUACUAACAUUGUGAAGCUUUGCUAUAUUUGAGUAUGAAUGACAAAUGAUGAUAAACAAUGAUAAAAAUAAUAAAAAUAAUUGUAAUUAUAAUAAAAAAUGAUAAUAAUUGUAUAAACUAAUUGAGCGCAAAGACCGUCCAGGGACACUCAUGGCACUAGCCCAGUAACAUGUAUUCAAAAUACAUGUAAGAAGAAAGCCUAGCAAGAUGUAAACCAAGUAUGAGGAAAUAAUAGCAAAUACCCAUCAGCUUGCAAUAUUUAUUCUGUUGAUCACUGCAUGCUUUUCUGAGCUCUCCUUUUAUGUCUUACUUAGUGUUUUUUUUUAAUAAUCUGUGUGCCAUGACCUAAUGGGUCCACAUCACAAAGCUUCAGCAUGCACAGUUUAGACUGCAUGAGCACUAUUUUAUUCUACAUGGUCAUUGAUAUAUGCCAAAUUAAUAUCAAUUAUUCUUGGAAAGGAGAAUUGCAUAGACAAUGUAUUCUAAUACACCUGUUUUAUGAACCUGGAUUAAUGUGGCUGGCUUCUGUUUUCUUUCACAUGUUUUAUGCUUAGUGUAGAUUAGAGGUAAGUGGGAAAAUACAGACAGUACUCUUUGUGGAGGUCAAGGGUUAACUUGAUCUUUGUCCCUGACUUCAACAUUCAAUGAAUGGAUAUUACCUGCUAUAGGACAAUUCCUUACAGCAGAGAACAACAGGUUACUGAACCUAUUCUCUUAUAGUGUAAUAAUGAGUGAAAGAAUUGUGACUGGUAGUGUACAUCCAGUAUGUACUGACUUGGCCAGUGGUUUGCGUUUAUCAUAGCUUUAAUAAAGAAUAUGUGGAUCACCCAGCCUGUUUCAGCAUCGUGGUUAAUGUGCUCUAUUUUUAUAUUCAAAACUCAUAUUUAUCAUCAUUAACUUCUGUGUUUUGUUUGCUAGCAUAAAGUAGCAUGCAUGAAAUACAUUUUCACUUUAUUUGCUAGUUUCUCUUGCACUUUCUAUAUACCUUAUAUGCAUUUCAUGCAUAUUUAUGUAUCAUUUUAAGUGACCAAGUGAUAUAUAAAUGAAAAUAUGGAAAAUACUUGUUCAUGCACUUUGUAAAGGCAAGCAUUUUUAAACUACCCCCCGUGACUGGACUCGAGAAACGACUCUUUUUCAAUCCAGGAAUUAUAUAACAAUUCUUCUGUAUAUCUGAUUGACUCUGACAGAUUUGUAAAUUAAUGUGAAAAGAUACUGUGCAUAGUGUAUAAAUGUUCAUUUGUCUACACUGAAUUAUGACUAGCAAUGAAUUCUACUUGUAAAAUGAGACGCAAUUCAUGCUUGGACCGAUUCUAAGGCUCUGCAUAUCAAAGUUAUAGCGAGUUGAGCCUAUGUAGAACCUUUUGUCAUUCGUCCAUGUGUAGAAAAAGUAAAUGUGUAAUGGUUUUUAAAUAUUAAUUUAGUUCAUUUAGCCCUUUCAGAUGAAAUACUAACACCCAAUUAGAAUUUUGUGAAGUAGUUUUAAUAUUUUUACACCCACCCAUGGUGUUAGUGUAUGCAGUUGCCAAAGUAUUUUGUUGUCAAUCAAAAAUAAAGUAUAAAUAAUGGAUGAAAUUUGCAUGGUUAUUAUUCAGAUACAUCCAUGUUUGUAAAUCUUUCAUGUUCAUAUUGCAAUGUAAAAAUUUUAACAAAUAUUUCUACAGUCUAUGCUUCUUGAUCUGACACUUUCACAAAGAUGAAAGUGCGACUUAAAAUUGUACUUUAAAUCCCAGAUGUGUGCAGUAGGUAUAAAUCAUGCUCAGGGGAUGCAUGCUAUUGCGUAAUGAUCAAUUAGAUUGCUGUAUACACUCUUCACACAUCUGGUGCUUUAAGUCACACUUCACUGUUUGUGAAACAGACCAACAUAUGAUAUACAGUUUAUGUCCACUGUGUAGAGUACAGAGGAAUUCACUGUUGCAAUAUAAAAUACAUGGCUAUUCUUCACAUAAUGAUAUUAAAUCCAAAUCAAGUAUUUUAAUUUCUGAGUGCAAGAUACAUGUAAAGUGGACAGUUGGGUAUCCAAGUUGCAAAAAAUAGUUUCGCCUAAUUUUCUUAAUUAAGGUUGUAAGUAGCAUUAAAUUGUGAAAUUUCCGAACAGAAAACAAUACAACCAAGGCCAAAAGGGAAUCUGUCCCCCAUGAAUUGCUAUUGGGUUAUACCCAAACUGCAAUUUGGAAUAAACAGCCUUAGGAAGAAUACCCCCAUUUAAAAAGUAUUAUUUUGAUUUCUCCAGUUCUGAGUAAGGUAAUGCAUGUGUGGCAGAUGUCCUUUGCAGUUCAUUAUCAAGAUUAUCUCAGAAAAAAAUAUGAAAUUUGGAAUUCAAAAUUAUUUUACACCAGGUAUGAUUUUUCUUCACCGCAAACUUCGCCCAUUCGAUGUGGGAAAAUUACUGAUCGCACAAAGGAGAAUGACAGGUGAAGUUAGUCAGUCUCUUUCUCACGAUCAGUAAUUCUACACUAGCCUGGCGUAUAUCGGAUAGGCUACUGCAAACUGGGUGUAGGGAAAAAGGUUAUUAUUCAAGGUAGUGCGACAAGGCUAGAUGGAUCGUGGGCUAGUGCAAAAAGAUUUAUUCCUAAAUCGAGCCUAAAUUUUCAUAAUUGAAUGAUGCCUUUGGUAUACACUAAGACAAUAAUUGCAUAGUACAUCAAACUGUCUUUGCAGGAACAGCUUUACGGAGGUACUUGACUUUGCUCACCUGGGGCCUGUAGCACAAAGCUUAGCGAUUGAUCAUAGGACUGAUUUCUAUGAUUGAUUACCUAUAUCAUUAUGUGCAAUCAAUCGUUAAAAUAACCUGAAUAAUCAAUUGAUAAACUUUUUGAGUUGCUGGCCCCGAUUGGUCAACACUUUUUAAACUAGCUCGCUUUGCAUUUAGUAUGUCUAGUCUUUUCCAUAUGAUUCAGUAUCAAACUACCCUUAAAAUCCGGCAUCUGAUGUGUGCUUACUAAUUUUGGCCGAAUUGCUUUUGCAUUUGCUGUAGUUGGUAUGUUUUGAGAGAGGAAAAAAGGUCUUUUGAAAUGCCCCAUUGGCUUGCAGUAUUUUGACAAGACUUCAUUUCCUUCAGAAAAAUCAUGCUACAUUGAAAUGCAGAUUUAUCUGUUAUAUUAACAGAUGAUGGAUUUAAAAGGAUAAACAUUUUAAAUUACAAUUUUUACUCCCUCUGUAAAGUAAGCCAAUAUUGAGGAAAUUUGCAAAAUUUUAAAUGAAUGAGACAUUUAUUCUAUAUUUAAGAAAAUGGUAAAUUUAAUAAUUUAUCAAUUGAUGCAUUACAGUAAAGGUAAAAAGUGCAAAUUCGUAUUGGAAAAGUGAUACUUUUUAAGUAUCCAAAACCUUGAAAUCAUAGUAAGGUAGUAGAAUUGAUAUCAUCAGUCAAGGAGAAAGUCAUUGAUUGUAUAUUACCCAGAGCAGAAUGUUAAUUCAUAAAUGCUAUUAUUUUCAGUGGGUUUAUUGGACAUAGUAUUCUGUUAAAAUAUGCAAAAUCGGUGGGUAGCCCAUAUUUUAUUCACUCCCGAGUUUCUAUCAGUUUAGUGGUAUUGUCUUUGAGUUUGAAUGCAGUGUUUUUAAUUUUGAAAAAAAAAGAACAGUGCUCAGCUAUACACUGUAGAUAUGAAUAAUACAAAAAGACAAAUUAUACUACUUAAUAAUUUUUGUUCUGAUUUUCUUUUUGUUUCAUUUUAUGAAUAUACAAUAAAUGAUACAGAAGAUGUGAAUUGUAAA